CCUAUGGGACGGACCAAACUCAGACAUCUGGAAACUUUUGAAACUAGAGUUAAGUUUCCCAGAUGGAAAAAUACAUGAAGUCAAAAGGUUGAGAAUCAGGAAAGAAGACAACCAAAAUGGGGGAAGAGAAGCACAGCGGAGAACAGUGAAGAAGGCUUCUUGAAAUGUUGAAACGAUUCUCCUCCUGAAGAGGACCUGGAAAGGAAGAGGAAAACAAAGGGAUUUGCAAGUUUGGGAAUACAAAACGGACCAUAACAGCAACAACAGGCAGGACGGAAACACAUCCUCAAGGAUGUCAGCAUCUCGCAAAUGUUUGUGCUGCAUCAAAUAUGUGAUGUUUGUUUUUAACCUCAUCUUCUGGCUGGGAGGAUGUGGAUUGUUUGGUGUUGGAGUCUGGCUGUCCUUCACCCAGUCCGAGUUUUCAUCUCUUCCUCUAUCCUUCCCGUCACUCUCGGCAGCCAACUUGCUGCUGGUCGCUGGCGGAAUCACCAUGGUAACGGGCUUUCUCGGCUGUCUCGGGGCUCUUAAGGAGCAACGCUGGCUGUUGUUCGUGUUCUUUGUGAUCCUGUUGAUCCUUGUCCUGACAGAAGUUGCUCUCAUACUGGUCAUACAUAUCUUUCGAGAUCAGCUGGAUUCCAAAGCACAAGGUGAAUUAAAGGAGGGGAUGAAAAGUUAUGAAUCAGAAGUUGGGUUGAAAAAAUCUUGGGAUAAUGUCCAAAAAAUGUUCAAAUGUUGCGGCGUGACGAAUAAAACCGACUGGUAUGAAGUACUCAAUGGAACCCUGCCUUCGUCCUGCUGCUCCGUCGGGAUUGACCAAUGCACUGAUGGAUGGAGUGAGCCUUGUUACCAAAAGGCCAGGCAGUGGCUUCUGGAUAACAUUCCAUCGGUUCUGGUGUUUGGCGUGUGUAUUGGCGUCGUGCAGAUCUUGGCCCUGGUGUUCUCCAUGCUGAUGUACUGCCAAAUCAUGUGUGCUGAGAAGUAUUUGGACUGAGUGUGGGAUUGCUGAUAAUGGUGGGGCACCAUUCAAAAUGCCAAAUUACGGUUCCACUGCCAAACUGACACACGCGGCAGUAGUAGUAACAUUGUGCCCUGUUAUUGGAAAAUGACUUGGGGGGGGGGCAAGUCAUUUCAUUUUCCACAAAAGCAAACUCACAAGAAUGAAGUCAGUUAUCCACAUUUUUAAAUGCCAGUUUGUUUUACCACUAGGACUGUAAUGAAAACUUGGUGUGCUUUUUUUUCAAGUUUUAUGUUGCGGCAUUGUUGUAUAAAGGAACAAAUAUAUCCAAAUUUUGGGUUCUUUUUAAAUUAGUUUUUUUUUUUGUGUUUCCUUUUUAGCGGAAAAAUCAUUUAUUCAGAUUUUGAAUAAGGCUAGAACAAUAAAUUGUGGAAAAAAGUAAA